GGAGGUUUGAGGCAGGGAAGUGCACCGCGGAGGGACCCCACUUCCGGUGCUUCCCGCCGUAGUCGCUGCGCUACGUUACUUCGUGGCGACGUUCCUGUCAGCAAAGAGGAGCCAGAUGUCCCCGUGAAGGAGGAAGUGGAAGGUCCUCCUGAGAGCUCGCAGCAGCUCGAACCUGAGAUUUUCAACUGUGCCGUGGAGGUGUCCUUUUACACAAGAAGGCAGACUUUACUUCCUGAAAAUAGCAAUGAGCUAGAAGAUGGAGAAAGUCGUCUUGAUUUUCUGGAUGGUGGAGAAAUCUGCACUAAGAAGAUUCAAGGAAUAAUGGAGCUGGAACGUGUGAAUUUUGUCGGUGUGGAUCCCAACCCAAAAAGAUCGUCUGGAGAGUGGAGCAAUCCAAACGAUGGUAAAGCAGAUGUUGGAAACCUGCCAGAAUGCAGUAAGAGGUCCAGGUUGUUCCAGGAUCCCCAGCCGGAAAUGACUCAUGGGGGUAAAGGCGUAAGUGAUGGUCUUUCAGUUACUGAUCGAAAGCAACCAGACGAUGUCCCAGACCCCGUAGAUGUUUGUGAGGACUCCAAAGCAAUGGGAGACUGUGUAAAAAACAGACCUGAAAAGCCACCAACUGAUGCAGAACAGGAAGACAAACUUGACACUGUAGAGAUAUUACAUGAAGAUGUCACUGAUGGGAUCUGUAGUUCCCAGAGUAGUCGGAGAUCAAAAUCCAAGAAGACUGCGGGUCAAAUAUAUACAGUGCAGAAGGAGGUGCCGCUGGACAUUGAUGAAGACCUUUAUCGAGAUGAAGAAGAAAUUGAAAAAGAGAGAAUCCAGAAAGAGUCGGCAUCAACUGAAAAGGGUCCAACAGAUGAUCUUAUAUUAGGAGUGGGACUGGAAGUAGACAUUAUAGAUUAUUGCCAAAGGGAAUGGAGAGGGAAAACAACAGUAGCGAAGACUAUGAAAGAGGGUUAUGAAGAAGUGUCUCGCUUUUUUGGUUCCAUAAGACGAGUGAGGGGAGAUAAUUAUUGUGCCUUAAGAGCUACCUUAUUCCAGUGCCUUAGUCAGAUGACAAAGCUUCCACAGUGGAUGGCUGAUGACUAUCUUAUUCAGCUGCCUGAAAAGCUUGUUAAAACUUAUGAGUGGAUUAAUCAGUGGCGAUUCUGGCAUUCGUAUGGAAGCAAGAAAACCUGGGUGCAGAUAAAGGAGUCCUUGGAGCUGCUUAAGAAAAAGUGGUCCGACUUGAGUGAAAUGGAGAUCCUUGACAAGAAACAAGCUGCUUGUGAUGAGAUCUUUCAGAAUGAAGAGGAGUACUCCUUAUACGAGGCCGUGAAGUUCUUGAUGUUAAAAACUGCUAUUGACUUAUUUAAUGCCAGUGAAGAAGGCAAGGAAGUCCCAGUCUUCUCAUGGUUAUUAUUUGCUAGGAACACUUCUAAUAAUCCCUGUGAGUUUCUGAAGAAUCACUUAAAUCAUGUGGGGCACUCUGGAGGACUUGAGCAGGUUGAAAUGUUUCUCCUUGGAUAUGCAUUGCAGCACACCAUCAAAGUAUAUAGACUGUACAAAUACGGAACAGACGAGUUUAUUACCUACUAUCCUAAUGACCAGGCUGACUGGCCGGUAGUAACGCUUAUAACUGAAGACGAUCGACAUUACAAUGUUCCAGUUAGAGUAUGUGAAGAGACAAGCGUAUGAACGUUAACCCCUAUGAUUAAGGCAGUUAAUGCUGCUGGAGUUAGAAGUAGAGCUCAUGUUAUCCCAUAUGUGAGAAUAUGGCAAACAUAUUUUUCUCUUUGUAGCCACACGAUGGCUGCGCAUAAGGAACUGGUGGUGCUCGGGAUGUGUUCUAUAAAACCCAAGGGUGUAACAACAAAACUUAGUGGUGGAGAUUGUUACCGGGUUAUGGGCAAAUGCUUUUGGACUUCAAUGCUUUUCAUAAUUAGUGGAGAGGUCUGCAGUUACAGCGAGUAUUGUGAAUGUCCUUUAAGUAUAGUGGAUACAGUGCGUAAUUCUUUUAUAAUAAUUUUUUUCUUUUUAUUCUUGUUUGAGGAUCAUGUUGGUCUCCAGAAAUCGGCUUGCCUGUGGCAAGCCAUUGUAACAAGAAAUAGUGUGGUAUGACCUGACCACGUUAAAGGGACUCUAGAGAGGGGCCGGGGAAUGCAGUACAAACAUACAGUGUGUGGAGUUUUUAUUAUUGGGAGUAGUGAGAAUAUGAAUGUUUAUUCUGCCAGAUUCUGUUCCAUAUGUGCACUGGAGGCGGAGCUUCACUCUGAAGUGGUCUCUGCAAUGAGCUGCUUUACAGUCUCUCCCCUCUGAGUGACAGCUGUAGUGGUCUCCUGGUUGGAUGCUACAGCUGUCACUCAGUUGGAAGGGCAUGUGAAGCAGCUCAAUGCAGAGAUAUCUUUACAGUGAUUAAAUAUUCACAUAUGCUCCUCGAAUGGGUUGGUACUGCUGUCCCCAGCCCCUACCUAGUGCUUUUGGGGGUCAAAACUACAGACAAAAGCCCUUUGAAUGUAAAAUUAGGUGAAUAUGAUUAGACAAAUACUACGCCUCUCAUGAUAAAGUGAUGCAUGUCAGAUCAAAAACUGAAGCAGUUUAUAACAAAAAUAAAAUCCUUUAUUAUAAGUA